UUGUGCAGUUAUGUAAACAUGUCACUAUUGAGACUGUGUGCCUUAUCGAAGUGUCUGAGUGGUCGAAUAUUGUUUGAAAGAAGUCUUCGUCGUGUGUCAAAUGCUGGCCAUUGCCACUACUUUCUUACACUCCGGAAUAAAAUUGAAAGACGAAUAUCAGAUCCACCAUGGACAUCACAACGAAGCCAUUUCUCAGCUCUGAUCCCAAAGAAAGAGGGUGGGAAAAAACGAGUAUGGGAACAAUCUCAGCUGUUAGAUGUGCUUGAAGCCAGAAUCCAGCAACUCCAGUCUGACAUUGUUUUAGAUGUCCAACAUGCAAAGGUACAAUUUGCCAACGCUUCCAAGUCGGGGAGAGGGGCUUCUUCAGGGAAGAGUCACAAAAAUGUUUCUGGGGUGAGGACUGAGUUGCCCAAGGUGGGACAGACUAUUAGUAAGGGAGGGGGCAAAGAUGCUUCAGCCUCCAAAUCCCGCUGGAUGGAGAAACUGAUUCAGGAGAAGACGACUAAAACAAAGAAACUGAACCUGAAGCUAGGCAUAGAAGAUAAACCUGUGAAAAGCAGAAAAGGAAAACUGAUGCUACCAGGUACCGCACAAAAAAACAUAUCGACAAAAGCAGGAAAAAAGACUGCAUCGACCUCUAAAAAGAGCAAGUCUCUGAAAAACCAAGAGCCAACUGCAAACCAAGCACACACUAUGGCAGAUGCACCGGUUGCUGCUGCAACUGUGCCUAUUAGAAAAGCCAAAGGAAAGGGGAAAGCCUCAAAGGAGCCGGCUCCUGAGUUGUCUGAGGCCAGGGACCAGGAGCUGGCUGAGGUGGAGAGGAAGGCGGAGGCCAAGGCCCAGGAGCUGUCUGAGGUGGAGAAGUUGGAGAGGAAGCUUAACCAGUGGGCUAUGUCGGCCAGCCCGGAGCUCGUGCAGGAUAACAGCGAGGCCAGGAUGUACGAGGGCGUCCAGCUUAGUGUGCAUUGCUACCUGGAGGCCUGUGUGGUCUGUGGCGACAUUGACCGAGCCCAGCGCCUCCUGCUCACUCACCACCGCAUGAUCAGCCGACGCAACCUGCUCAACAUAGGACUCUACAACGUCAUGAUGAGGGUCUGGGCCAAGAAGGGCUCUUUGAACCAGAUUGGACGUAUGUUCAUUCUGGUAGAAGAGGCAGGUCUGAAGCCUAACCUCACCUCCUACUCUGCUGCACUGGAGUGUAUGGGCCGAAACCCUAACUGUUCUCCAAAGGUCAUCAACAGAAGGACAGAAGAAGAUGGCCUGUGUGUGGAAGAGCUGUUCAGAUGCUGUGUGUUCAGGCAGGAUGAGAGGGACAUGGUGCUGAGGGCCAUCCACACUGUGGAACCAGACUUUCAACCCAGCAUCAACACUGUCCUGCACACUUGCUCCUCACCGCUGGUCAAAGACUUCUACACAGAGAGGGCAGAUGCUAAGUACCCCAAGUUGGCCUUCAGCCUGGAGGAACUGCGGGAGAGGUUCAGCCGUCAGCUGAGCAUGGAGCAGGCCAGCACCAUCACCAUUCACUCUGUGGAGGCCAUGAAGCCUGUUACCCCACACAUGGCCAAGAUGAGGGCUCUACUGGCAGAGCAGCGGAUGGUGUGGCACGAAGCCCUAGUUGGGGCCCUGAGGGAGAGCAAUAUGAUCCUGGCCAGCAUCACCCCGAAGGCCGUCAGACUCAGCCUCUACCCCUACCUCUGUCUGAUGGACCAAAAGGACUAUGUAGACAUCAUGAUCCAGAGUCUGUCUAACUUGCCAUCCAGUGGGGAGUCUCUCCACAUCCUGGCCAAGGAGCUGGGAAACAGGGUCCACAACAAGUUCUGCAUCCGCCUGAAGAGCCACAACCAGAUGGUGGACAAGCUCAGCCAUAUCUACAAUGAAUAUGCUGAGCUACUAGCCAAAGACUCUAAGGAAUUUGACAUAUUGCCUAGGGAGCGAUGGUGGAAGCUGGAGUCGGAGCAUAGCUCUGGUCCCUCCCUGCUGGGGGACAAUACCCAAUGGCCCCACACGGUGGUGGUGGAGCUGGGCACCUACCUGGUGGACCUCAUGGUCAAGCACAUGAAGGUGAACAGCGACAUCCUCAACCCUGCCUAUGACAGGAAGUUCAGCCCUGUCCUCUACCACAUGUACACUUUCCGCAGUAACAAACAGGUCAUCAAGCCGCACCCCAUCCUAACACAGAUGCAGCAGGAAGCCAUGGAGACCACGCUGACCUUUGACUCCUACGUGAUGCCCAUGCUGUACCCGCCCAUGCCCUGGACCUCGGCCAAGUUCGGCGCCUACCUCCUCACCCCCACCAAGAUGAUGCGCACGGUGGUUGGCGCCAACCAGCAUGAGAUCCUGCUGGAGAAGUGCCAGGACGCUGACCUGCAUGCCGUGCUUGACUCCCUCAACCAGCUGGGCAACACGGCCUGGAGGAUCAACCAGCCCCUGCUGGACAUCAUCAUCUCCAUCUUCAACGAUAAGGGCAAUGAGAAGCUGGACGUCCCGCCGCCCAACUCCGAGGCCCCCAAGAUCCUCCGCUACAGCCAGCAGGACUUGGCCACCUACUCCUCAGCCGAGAAGGCCCACCUGAAGAGGGAGCUGAUCAUGGCUAAGAAGAAGUGCAGUGAGAUGCACAGCCUCAGGAUGGAUGCCCUCUAUAAACUCUCCAUCGCCAACCACAUGAGGGACGAGGUCUUCUGGUUCCCCCACAACAUGGACUUCCGCGGGCGGACGUACCCGUGCCCGCCCUACUUCAACCACCUGGGCAGCGAUGUGACCAGGGCCAUCCUGGUGUUUGCGGAGGGGAAGCGCCUGGGGCCGGGCGGUCUGAAAUGGCUGAAGAUCCACCUGGUCAACCUGACAGGCUUGAAGAAACGCAGCUCGCUGGCCGGCAGGUUGGAGUACGCCAACACAAUCAUGGACGACAUCCUGGACUCUGCAGACAACCCCCUCAACGGUAAGAAGUGGUGGCAGAAUGCAGAUGAACCCUGGCAAGCCUUGGCCUGCUGUAUGGAGAUAGCCAACGCUGUCAUACCUGACCCCACACACUUCAUCUCCCACUUUCCUGUACAUCAGGAUGGUUCGUGUAAUGGUCUCCAGCACUACGCAGCCCUGGGUCGGGACGUGAUCGGUGCCACCUCUGUGAACCUAAUUCCCUGUGAGGUGCCCCAGGAUGUCUACAGCGGGGUGGCACAGCAGGUGGAGGAGUUCCGUGCGCGGGACUCAGAGAAGGGUCUGAAGAUCGCCCAGGUGCUGGAGGGCUUCAUCAGCAGGAAGGUGGUGAAGCAGACGGUGAUGACGGUGGUGUACGGUGUGACGCGCUACGGAGGACGCCUCCAGAUAGAGAAGAGGCUCAAGGAGGUCGAUGACUUCCCCAAGGAGUACGUAUGGGAUGCCUCUCACUACCUGGUCCAACAGGUGUUCAGCAGUCUGAAGGAGAUGUUCACCGGCACCAGAGAGAUCCAGGACUGGCUGACGGAGAGCGCCAGGCUCAUCGCUAAAUCGGGCAACACGGUGGAGUGGGUGACGCCCCUGGGCCUGCCCAUCAUUCAACCCUACCACCGGACCCGGACGCAGAUGCUGAAGGGUACCAUCCAGGACCUAAGUCUCCAGAUCACCCAUGACUCUAAACAGAAGCCAGACACAGUGAAACAGAAGAAUGUCUUCCCUCCUAACUUCAUCCACUCUCUGGACUCCACACACAUGAUGCUGACUGCUCUCUACUGCUACAGCGCCGGUCUGACGUUCGUCUCCGUCCACGACUGCUUCUGGACCCAUGCCCUUACAGUCGACACGAUGAACAAGGUUUGCCGGGAGCAGUUUGUGGCACUGCACAGCCAGCCCAUCCUUCAAGAGCUGUCCAACUUCCUACUGCAGAAAUACUGCUCUGGGCUAUCGAGCGAGGUCAAAAACAAUACGUUUUUGGAGUACCGGAGGAUGCUGCUGCUACUGGCCAAAGUGCCCCAAACAGCUGUUAUGAAGAUGUCCGGUCCUUAGGCUCAUGGAUAAUAAUCAUGCCAGUCUGAGGAGACAUCAGCCCUGUGUCACGGUCACGUGCUGGUGCAACAGCAAAUACACACACACACGCAGAGGCACACUAUGAUACUUCUGUAUACUUCUGGCCCUUCUUUGGACACUGUGUUAACUAACCUCCAGAC